CGCCCGAUCUCAAGUGUUAUUUCGCUGUGUUUUUGUAGUGCAAUAAACAAAAUUUACAGCGAGUACUUAUAAAUUUUAGACUUUCCCAACAGUUUUACGUGUACUAUUAAUACAGUGUAUCGAAAAACUAAUACAAAAAUCUUAAACGGUUAUCCUGUGAUGGUUGCUCCAAUGUACAACUUGUUCAUAACCUCGAAGACGCUUGUUUUACUACAAAAAGUAAACCAAGGAAGCUGAAAUGUCAUAGGAAUUGUUUCCAUCGAAAAUAAUAACUAUUAUAUUUUCGCGGCAAUGGACGGAAACAUAUUUUAUCGAAAUGUUUUUCUUCUUACUCAAGCUGUACCCCCUUCAAAAGAAUUUCUCAAGCAUUUCAAAGAGGGGAUGUUUGAGAAACCCAAUACCAUCGGUUUUCAACAUGUUACUCAUUAUCUUUUAACUAUAUACGAUGCUGAUAGGUUCAAAAAAAAUGUACAAUGGCCUCUAGUCUGUAAAAAAUCAGAAGCCAAGUACAGAAGUGAUGUCAAAGAUUUUCUAACUCUGAUAGCUCAUGAAAAUCCUGAUAUGGAUUUUCCACAAAUUUUGGCCUCCCAUUUGUUACAUGCCAGUGGCAGUAAAUUCAAUCAUAUUAUGGCCAAUCUUUCCACAGUUGUAUUGCGGACUUGGAUAAAAAAUGAAAAUGAAGCGACCUUGUGCCUCCCCAAAUCAAAAGUUGCUCAAGAUCUUUCCAGGACUAUGUUAAAUAAUCUUGUUAGCCAAAAUACUGAAAUUAUAGAUGCGAACAAUAGAACCAUGUCAAAAAAUGAUGAGGAAGCCAAGGAAUUUGCAAACGAAUUGGAAGAAUCUAUUAAAAAAUAUUCGGAUGAGUUACUUCAAUUGAGACAGAAUUUGAUCAAAUUAUCGUCUGUUGCAUCGGUCCACCCAGACGUCAAGGGCCGUUUAGCUGAUCUCGAUGAUGGUGAAGUUGUGCAAUUGUGGAAACAAAGCGUGGAUGAGAGUAUUGAACUCCUCAAAAGAAAACAACUUCGCUUGCAAACAAUAAGUGAACUGAGUACCAAUGUGGCAAAUAUGAUUGGAAGCAUAGUUUCGCAAGAUACAAACAUUUUAGAUGGCAAACUUUUGUCGGAUAUAGAUGUCAGCCAACUUUCUGAAAUCGAUCAUUUGUCGCCUGAAACUCAGGUCAUGUUAUACCGCGUGCACGAGAGCGAAACGCUGGAGUUGACGAACUUCUUAUCGCUUUUCAAUCUCAUGCUUACGGAUGUUCGAGGUUUCAUUGAAAAAUAUGGAUUUCCCGAUUUUUCGGAAUGCGGAUGUCAAGUAUCUGCAAGUUGCGAAGACUUGAAAUCGAUGAGCGAACUUUUCCACACGAUGCACGACCGAGUCAUCGAACUGACGAAGAUCUCGAAGACUAAUAGUACUCAAGAAAGCAAUUUCCCAUUGAAUUAUUUGCACCAGUACAGCAUCGAUAACGACUUGCUCGACAGCAUACUUUUAAACCGUUCGCUGACGAUCAAUAUCGAUUGGAAUUCCGAAUACAACGGUAAUGAAUAUCCUGAGCGAUUUCAGUUAACGCCUUUAGAACACAUCCACAGAAAAUUGCUCCCGCGAUACAGAAGGAACGAUGAUGGCAAAUUUCAAGCUCUGAAAUUACGACCAACGCAACUCAUUUCUCGUAUAAAUUUCAACGAAACAAGGUGCACCGUAAUCAGCGAUAAUGCUUCGCGAUCAUCUCCACUCCCCAGAAACUCUUCGUCAAAAAUUGUCGAUCGAUGGAACCCACAUAAAGAAGGAACUUACUCUCGGCUUUUUUCUACCAUCAAGAGAAGACCUGCGACCAGUAAAUUGAAUUACAGUGUUCGAUCUGGUGCGAGUUCCUCGCAACUCAAUUCCAUUAUGGAUAUGAAUAUGAGCUGCAGCGUCUAUAAUGCAUCGGAGUUGAGAUCGCGUCUUCACAAUGACACAGAUAUUGAUUCACCAAAAAAAUUCACACCGUCGAAAAACGACGGAAAUGAUCGUGCCUCGUCGACUAUAAUAGAGUGCGAAAAAUUUACGAGAACUUGUGAAUUUUUAGGACUCACGGAGGAGGACGACGCAGUAAAUAAUAAAAUGGAAUGCACCCCCAUAUCACAAAAAAAUCCGGAGAGCCCGAAAAAAACGGAAAAGCCACAGAAAUCAAGGCUUUCGAUAAGUGAUCUUGUUGAACGUUUCAGAAAAAUCUGUGACAAAUCUGUCAAUGUUCCAAUCCCCAUUGAAUUCAGUAGCGACGAAGAUUGAAAUUAUUUAAUUUUUAUAUUUCUCCUUUUUAUUCUUCAGUGUAUUUUUCAUACAUCAUCAUCCUUUAAAUAUAUUUAUAUUAUUACAGCCAUCUUUACAUAUAGAAACUAUUGAGCGGUUGUUCACUUCUUUAUAUUCGAAUGAUAAAAUGCCAUCGAGUCAUGAGCUCGAACAUUGUUCUAGAAAUAAAUGAAAUUCGUUAUAUUACUAUUUCAAAA